UGGUUAGCAAGACAAAGAAAAUCAUAUUAACCAUGUUUUGAAAGAUUCAGACAGAUUUCAAACAAACCAGUUAUUAAUAGCAUUUGCAUUGGUAGCUUGGUAGGCAAUGGUGACACAAUGAAACAGGCCAACUUCCUCUUCUUUGCCCCUCUCAUCCCCUUCCCAAGUCUGAUGGAAGAAAAGUGCUGCAGCCAUGCAUGGAGACACAAGCUUUUUUAAGUGUCUCCAACUUAUGGCGGCCUUGUGGAUGGGGGUCCAGGCUGUCUCGCCUGUGCCCUCAGUCCCUGACCGUGUACAGGGUGUGGUUGGCUCCUGCAUGGUGAUUCCUUGCUCCUUCACACCUGCAGACCCUCACCCCAUCAGGGGACGAAAGGAGAGGGUGGACGUGCGGCUCAGGUUCAGAGGUGGUGGGCCUUUUUUCCCUCUCAGGAGCACUGCUUUCAACAGCGAGAGCAAAGACCAAGUGAGCAGGGAUUUCCUCGGCCGGACUUUGCUCUAUGGCCAAGUGUCCAAUGGAGACUGCUCAGUGAAGAUAGAACAGCUUAGAGCGGAUGACCCAAAGGUGUUUGAACUGGCUCUGAAGAAAGGCAGUGAUUUACUCUGGGGGGUGUCAAGGACUGUAAAUGUAGACAUCAACGACAACCCUGAGCCUCCUGUCAUCAGCGGCAUGUUGUCAGCCAAAGAAGGACAGUUGGUCUCUCUGAACUGCUCCGUCAGCUACCACUGUCCCUCCAGACCCCCGACCCUGCAGUGGAAGUGGGACCAAGGAGCCAAACUCAACAGCAGCGAGCUGGGAGAGCUACAAACGCUCCAUCCGGGUCCCCACAAGUGGAUGCUGCUGGCUUCUUUGUCUUUCAUCGCAUCCCACCAAGUGAAGCCCCGGCUCUGGUGUGCGGUUAAAUAUCCAGAAACCAAAAUGUUAGCCAUGGUGAAGGACCUUCAUGUGACAUUUCCACCAAAAGAUGUGAAGGUGGAGGUUCAGACAUUGAUCGUUCAGCAGGGGGGCAACGCCUUGCUUGUUUGCUCAUGCAAAGCUGACCCUCCAGCGACAGAGUAUCGCUGGUCCUACACUCAACACGGCCACACUGUGCACCUCCACCACCGAUCGCACAGUCUGCGAGUGUUCAACGUGACCAAAGACAUGAGAGUCCGCUGCUCAGCCAAGAACACCAUUGGUCGAGGAGAAUCCAAGCCCACGUCGCUUAAUAUACAAUACAAGCCUUCCAUCUCACGUUCCUCUUCCACCUGUGUCGUGGAGGAUUCUGAGGUGCGCUGUCUCUGUUCGGUCGACUCCAACCCCAAAGCAGCUGUCACCUGGAGUGUCAAUGGGACUGUUCCACCUUAUGAUUACAACGUGUCUGUAACAUCAGAGCCCGACAUGCUCACAGUUUCUCUGAGGGGAUACAUGGACAAACCACUGAGUGUAAUCUGUUUUGCAUUCAACGCACUCGGAAAUGACUCCCUGGUUUUGCUGCAGGGGGAGGAAGAAACCCCAUCCGUGGUCUGGAUCAUUUUACCUGCUGUGGUCAUCUCACUGUGCGUAUGCCUUCUGUCCCUGCUUGUCUGCUUCUUUCGAAGGAGAGCUAAAAGACACAUCAUGAUCAGACAUCAAGCUGUCUACCCUGAAGGACUAGGAAUUUAUCAGAACAGGAUGCCUCUCUACAUUAACUGCACUGAAGUGACAAAUGUUUACACCAAUGGAAGCUACCAACUUGUGUACCAGAACUCCACACCUGUUUUUGUCCAUACAAAGCAGGUCCGUCCAAUGGGCCGAAGAGGUGGGGAGAGGAGAAGAGGCAGAGAUGUUGCAAGAAGAGAUAGAGGAGCUGGUCUGGGACUCAGGGAUACAUCAGAGGUCCAAAGUGCCUCUCCAGAUGAUCCAGAGACAGCCAUCUAUGUAGAGAUCCUAUGAAUUUUAAAAC